CCGCCGAGCGGUGAUGACGUGUGGCGAAUCAGGCGGGGCGUGUGUUGAUGUCUGAGAGGACAGUGGCUCGCGCUGCAUACUUCCUGUCUCCGAGCAGAGCCCAGGGCUGAGGGCACCGAAACCGGCACCGCCAGCGGCCGGGCAGAGCGGCGUUCUCCCCCUCGGGGCGGCGGGUGGCCCGGGCGCCGCGGGGAGGAUGAACUGGCUGUUCCCCCUGUCCAAGGGCGGCGGCUCCUCGUCCCCCGCGGCCCCGCUCCCCGCCCUCACCAGCCUCCAGCAGCAGAAGCAGCGGCAGAUCGAGUCCCUGCGCAGCGCCCAUUCCGCCAUUGCCGAAAUACAGAAAGAUGUGGAAUAUAGGUUGCCAUUCACCGUAAACAACCUGACCAUUAAUAUUAACGUCUUGCUUCCUCCUCAGUUUCCUCAGGAAAAACCGGUGAUCAGUGUUUUCCCACCAGUAAGACAUCACUUAAUGGACAAACAAGGAGUGUAUGUGGCAUGUCCAUUAAUAAGCAAUUUCACAAUGCACUCUGACCUUGGAAAAAUUAUUCAGAGUUUACUGGAUGAGUUUUGGAAGAAUCCUCCAGUUUUGGCUCCUAGCUCAACGUCAUUUCCAUAUCUUUACAGUAAACCAGCUGGAAUGCCUCAUUAUACUCCUCAGGGUUUUCCGUUUCUUCCUCCAUACCCACCACAAGAAACAAAUAGAUCUAUAGCCUCUGUGCCAGUUGCUGAAUCAGGUUACACUACAGACAAACCCGCUGCUCCAUCCUAUGGCUUGAUCACAGACCUGCCAUUACCUGUUCCAACAACAGAAGCACUAUUACAGGUGGGCCAGAAUGGCUUCAGUUACAAGAUGCCUGAUGUUCCUGAUGCUUUUCCAGAGCUCUCAGAAUUAAGUAUACCACAGCUGACAGAUAUGAAUGAGCAAGAGGAUAUUUUGCUGGAACAGUUUGUGAAUCUGCCCCAGCUGAAGCAAAUCAUAGUGGAUAAAGAUGACUUAGUGAAAAGCAUUGAAGAGUUAGCAAAAAAAAAUUUACUGUUGGAACCCAGUCUAGAGGCAAAAAGGCAAACAGUGCUUGAUAAAUAUGAACAUCUUACUCAGAUGAAAGCCACCUUUGAAAAGAAGAUGCAAAGACAGCAUGAGCUUAGUGAGAGUUGCAGUCCCAGUGCUUUGCAGGCCAGACUGAAAGUAGCUGCUCAUGAAGCCGAAGAGGAGUCUGACACUAUUGCAGAAGAUUUCUUGGAAGGAAAAAUGGAAAUAGAUGACUUUCUUAGUAGCUUCAUGGAAAAGAGAACAAUUUGCCACUGUAGAAGAGCCAAAGAGGAGAAACUUCAACAGGCAAUAACAAUGCACAGCCAAUUUCAUGCUCCAUUAUAGACUAUCCUGCAAACUAGACCUGCCAAGAGAAGAGUGAACAAACCCAACAAAGCACAUUUUCUAACACCUAUUUGCAAAUAAGCAUUUCAUCGUAAAUGGUUGUAUUUAUAGAACAGAUUGUAUACAGUGCUGGGACUGUUUUGUACAAAUUAGAAUGACUCUUUAUAUUCUCAUUUUAUUCAAGAAAUCCUUCUAUUGCAAUCUUUGCACUAAUAUUUCUUGUAUUUAUUGUUGAUAGUCCUUACCAUAUUUAAGUUCCUACUGCUAUCCUGCCAUUCUUUAGAGAUUAAAUAUCUAAACAUGUAACUUUGGCUAGCUUUGUACAUUUUAUAAAACAUAAUUCAUAUCUUUUGUAUUUUGAAUUUAAAACAUUUGCUUGGGUUAUUUUAUGAAGACUCUUGAGGAUAGUGAACUUUGUGGGGAGGAGAUUGGUAGUGCUUUUUAUAAUUGUCCGUGAAAUAUCAGACUUCCCUUCCUUGAUGCCAAAAAUGUUCAAUGCCAGUUUAUUUUUAUUUCAAAUAAUAUCAAACUAAACGUUGCCUGCAUCUUGUUGGAUAAGUAGAGUCAGUUUAAGGAACAGAUGUUUUGGAAAAAUAGUAUGUUUACAGACUGCUGAUAUAUCUAUUAUACUAAAAGUACAAAUGGACUCUUCAUUCUGAAGUGACAAGGCACCCAUCACUAACUAGCUACAGAGCUGUCAGCCAGACAUCACCUUUCAUUUUAAGCAAAACCAAAGGAAUUUGUUGUUGCACAACAUUAAAAAAAAAAAAAAAAAAAGUCAGGCCACCUCUUUACAUAGUUUUGGUGGUGUUUAGUGUCUUUCAUCUGAGAAACACAAAGCACUUUAUAAGCAUUAAUUUAAUUCUCAAGUCCCUUCUGAGGUAGUAAUUACCUGGAUUUACUAUACAAGGAAACUGAUUUUUCAGUGGCUGUGCAGAGAGUCAUGUUAAGGGCCAUGAAUAGAACUCUUAUCUGGUGAUUUCUAGAUCUUUGUCCUUUGAUCAUGAGACCUGUCUGUCAAGUGCUCUCCCUUUGAGGGGAGGGGAUAUAUAUUUAAAAUGCAUGAACAGGAAAAUUACAAAGGCCGCAUAAUGUUCUACUGGUGAAAAACUGAGCCCAAGGUACAAUAUUCUUUUUUUCUGGUCUAUCUUACCAAUUAAUUGAGUCAUGAAGUAAAAAUACAGAUUCUAGAGAAAUAGAUACAUUUGCUACAUCCUGAAUUUUGGGAUAGAUUACGUUACUGCAAUUCUCUGUUUUAUUUCUAUCAUAGUUGUAACUUUCUUCAGGAAUCUUGAUCUUGUUCUCUCUCUCCCGCACACCUCUUCUGACAAGGUGAAGAGAAGCAGGGUGGAAAAACAUUAGACUCUUUCUGAAAAGAGAGAAUUUUUUUCAUGAUCUUGAGUCUACAGCUACACUACUUAAUUCCGUCAAAUCUGACAAGCUAAACAGGGUCAGACCAGGUCAGUACUAAAGGUUUCAUACCAGUAGGUGUCACUCUAACCUCUAAGUCAGUCCUGAAUUGAAUGCUCCUAGCAUUGUGUUAAUAUAGCCACUGUGUUCCUGGAAAUGCUCUUUUUUUUGGGGGGGGGGCUUGAGGUAAAACUUAAAUCUGACUCUUCGUAGUCAUUAAAGAUCCAUUAGCACUUCUUACAAGUGUAGGAAUGUUAAACCAUAUAUGCUACCCAAAUUUCAAAUGGGGUAAUAUUCUUUUUACUUAAAUUACGUCGAUGGGUGCUUUUUAAAUUCGUAUAGUUGCCCGGCAGUUUUAUUUAGAAAAACUUAUUCUCUGUCCUCUGUACCGUGGUGUGCUGUUUUAAACAGCUGCUGAAUAUGGUGGUGGGCAAAGUAAUCUCUGGGCAUAGUUUCAGUUUGUAAACCAGAUAGAGCUCUUACAGGAUGAGAAGCGCUGGGCAAAUAAGAGACUAUAUGAUUAUUAUAUUCCUUGUACCACUUAAAGCAUUACCCUGAAAGAUGACUUACACAUUUUAAUCCUCAAAAAACAUUUGAACAUUAAAAAUGUACAGCUGGGAGAAGUUUUGCCUCAAAUAUUUUUUUUGCUGAAAGAUGCAGAUUUGGUCCACUAAAACAGUUGGUGAAUUUGAAUUGAUUUCAGUUGGGAAGGGGCACCCAUCAGAAGUGUUGAAACAGUUUACUUCAGCAUUUCUGAAAGUUAAAUGGUUCAACUUUUGUUUAAGAAAAAUAUUUUGGAAUUUUCCUCAAUUUUAUUUUUAAAAACCCUCAAUCUAAACUUAAAUGUUUUGGUUUGACACUACUUUUUUUUAUAUUAGUUUGCCAGUAAUUUCAAAACAUUUUUGUUUCAGGCUGACCUUUUUUUUUUUUUUCACCUGAACCAAAUAUUAAGUUCCUUUGUAGCCCUUACAGUAUGUUCUGCACACUGAUUAAUGAAAGUAUGUAGGUGUGGUUUUCAAAACAAUAAGUAGCUCACAAUUUCCCUCUUCCUUUCCCUUGUAGUGCAUGUACAUUAAGUAGAUUUACUGCAACUCCACUUUGAAAUAGCUGUCCCGUUGAGAGUGCUGGAGCAUGGAGGCUGCUUGUGGGCCUAUAGAAAGUCUGUUUUCUAUAAUAUUGCAUGUUCUAGGCCUAAUGAAACUUUAGGAAAUACGUACUAUUAGAGAAGAGAGACAGACUAAUGCCUGACAGCCUGCACUGUAUAGCCUCACACUUCGUGACAAAGUGCAUACAGAUGUGUUAUACCAAGUGAAAAAUGGUGAUAUUCAGUAAAUAUGCAGUUCAGUAAUUUUCAAAAUAGGAACAGAGGACCUAAUUUGUCAUCACUAUUCUUCUACUUUAGUUGAUUACUUCUGUACUGCAGUAACUGAUUUAAUUUCUGUUUGCAGUUUAAUGGUAACUAGCUUAUAUUAACUUCUAUCUCGGCAGUAAAAUCUUUUGUAUUUAAUGUAAAUCUCUAUCCUUCUCCUUUGGAUCAACUGACAGCCGAAAUGCAGAGCUGAAUUCUCUGUGUAGGGGUUGUAACAUUUCAUAUAUUGAAAAGAUUUCUUCCACCUGCAGUAUAAAGCAGCGAAGUCAAAUAUGUUCCUUUGGGAAUGUCUCAUAUACAACUAUACCUGGCUGACAAGAUCUCGCACUGGGAUUACACUCUCCUGAAAGGGCCCAUUUUAACAUCUGCCAUAUACUUCCCAAUCUGUUUCACAUUCUUUUAUUUUAAAGUCAGGUUGAUAACUAUCAAAUUUCAACUCUAUCCACCAGCACUAUGAGCAACAGACUUUACUAAAUAUAAGCAGAUUGUAAGUUACUAGCUGGGUCAGUUGCAUAACCAUAUUAUAAACAGGUUUGGAAUUAAUCACACAGCCCAUAGUUCUUAGUGCUGCAGUAAGCCAAGUCGCUAUGAUUCUUUCCCAGUGAAUUGUGGGAAGGCAGUGCAGGGCUAUAAGCGCUUGAGGGGUUUGGCCUGCAUAUUCCCUGCAAACUGGCAGGUUACUAACCAACGUGUAAAUAGCACAAAGGCUUUAGCCUGUACCCUAGGACAAGCCAGCUUGCUCUGAUGUAAAUCAAUAUUAUGCUUGGCUGAGGGUUUUGUGCACAGGAGCCAGGUUAAGGGCAUCAGCCAAAUUAGAGCCCAUGUUACUUCUUGAGUGAAGACAAAGCCUCUAAUCGCUGCUGGCACCACAUUCUUCCUCGUCAUGUAGGCCUGUAAUUGGGUUUUUUUUUUCAACUCCCUGUGCUUUGUACCACACAGUCUCUAAAUCCUGCCUUCUCAUUAUGAAACUGACGUGUGUGCAUGUCUCUUGACACAUUGCCCAUCUGUACUAGUGCACCUUCAUCUCCAGCCUCACAAACCAGCAUUGCUUUCUACCUUCUCGCCCCAUCCACUGAAAAUAUGGCUUCUAGCAUUCUUUUUCUUGCUGAUGGCUCUGACCACAUAAUUCCUCUCCUUGAUUAUUUUAAAAACCUUCAUUGCCUGCCUCUGGUUUUGAGCCAUCUCGUUCAAAUUUCUUCGCCUCACCUUUAAAGCCUUUCCCAACUGUCUUGUUUUUUACUAUAUUGUGUGCUCCACAACUAAUGCCCAAUCAUUCCUCUUUUUAUUUGCUUCUCCCAUGCCAUCUCCAUGCUUUCAUCCAUGCGUCCUCUGUGUGUAGAAAUGAAUUAAUUUGUGAAAUUACCACCCCACCCCUUCAAAUUCCCACUCCAUAUCCUGCUUGGAAAAAAGUUAGACAACCAAUGAUACCAGCUUUUAGGGAUUUUUUUUAUUAUUAUUAAAUUAAAGAUGGGUGAAAUCAUGGCUCCAAUAAACUCAAUGGGAACGAGGUUAUUGAUUUUAACAGGAUUUCACUGUUGGAACCAUCUGCCACAAUAAACAGUUAACCUAUAUUACAUGGUUAUUUUAAUUUAUUUCUUCCUCCCAUCAUACUCAUUGUGUUGUGUCUCAAAUUACAGAGUAGUCAUGCAACAGUUAUAGGGGGACUAAAACAGGAUUUCAUAAUAGUGGCCACGUCUGUCUUCCGCAAAAAUGGAGAUAAUGACUAUCUGAUGUAGGAGAACAUGGGGGGGGGGGAGGAAUCUCUCAUUCCAAUUGAUAUGCCUCUUGAAUUUCCUAAGCCUUAUGUUACAAAGCUGUGUGAGCAAGCCUCUCUUUAAUGCACUAAUGUGACUCAACAACAUGCAACAGUUGCAGUUUAUUUUUUUAAAGUAUUUUUCAUCAGGCUGGUAUAAUGCUACAACACACACAUUUACAAUGAAAAUGACUAAACCAAAGUUCCAGGCACUGUAAGGUAUACAAAUGGGAACUGCUCUAUAAAGAUGGGUGUCUAAAACAGUCAUAUUUUACUUAUAAAGAUCAUUACAAUAAUUUCACAAGCAACAUGAAGCUAGUGCUUCCAUUUUGCAUAUAUAACAUACUUAAGUUUUGCAUCUAUUUCUAGAUAUGUCUAACCACCCAGAGUAACACCAUAAUCUGCAAUGUUACAUUUUAAUGUGCAACGAUAUUGCCAGAAUCUCUGAAAACUACUAUUCUUUUGUAUUUUAAAUGUAUUUGCAUCACUUGUUCUCGUUGUGUAGGUAUUUGCAUCGUUGUUCUUGUUGUGUGUAUAUUUCUUCAAGAAAACUCAUUCAAGAUCUCCUUUAACAUCAUAGGCUGUAAAGUUUAUGUUCAAAAUGUGAAAUACACUUUUUCAAAGUACAAUUAAAAUCAGGACUUUCAUUUAUUAAAAAUGCAUAAACAUUUUAAAAUAUAUAUAGGGCCAGAGUCUCAGCACAGUAUAAAUUGACAUAGCUCCAUUUACUUCAAUUGAGCUACAAGGAUUUAUUCAAGUUGAGGAUCUGGUCAUUCAGUUUAAUGCUAAAAUAAGAGCAAGUUAUGCUUUUGUCCAAUUAUGGCAGCUCUCCUAUGAGGCUGGGGGCUAGCCGGUCUUUUUACACACAAAGCUGCUUAUCCGAAUGAAAACUUUCCUACAAAAGUGGACCAGAUUACUAGAAAUAUAUUAAAAAUCAACAAAUUUAGGAAUAGCUAUGGCAUCUGACUAGGCAAACUCUGCCUGUAAAACCUGUUCUUGAAAGAUUAACAAGAAAUAUAACUAAAGCAAACUUGCACCUUUUACCAUUUUAUGUUCAACUAUAGCUCAAGCCCAAAGGGACUUCAAGAAGAUUUUUAAAUUAUUCAAUUGUAAAUGCUGGCACAUAAAAUAAAAGACAAAGUAAAGUAAUUUAGUAUAAACAAGAGAAUCAAAAAUGUUAGUAUUUUACUGGUUUCAAACAGAGUUUUAAUUUUUUAAAAUUGCAUAUUUCCAGACCUUUGUUACUAAUAAGAUGUUAAGUUAUUAAAAUGGAUAGAUGUUUUAAAAAAUCAUUUUAAACAGCAUACUUUGUUGCUUUUUUCCAUUUCAUUCAAUGAAAAUAAAUUACUUAUUUCUAGUCCGUUUCACAUAAGGGGUUUAUGUCCUAGUAAUAUUCAACCAUGUUUGGGUUGGCAAAUACAGCAAGAGAAAGUUUACAUUCAGAUGAAAAUGUCUUCAUUGAAUUUAUUUUAAAACAAGACAUUUCUAUCAGUAUUAGGAUUUGAGAAAAUAUUUUUUGCAAUAUCUAAUUUCUGGGCCUAGUCUACUGAAAGUAUCCCUUUAACUUCAGUUUUGGGGAAAUAUUUUAAAAAGUAAUUUAGGCCCUUAGGUGCUUUUGGAAAUUUUACCCUAAGUCUCAUUGAAAGUCAAUGGGACAUAGGCACUUUUGAAAAUUUUACCUGUGGUCUUUAAAAAUUGCCCUUUUUUGGUCUGUUUUGGAAUGAUUAUAGAAAUAAUACUAUGUAAAGGCUAGAAAAACAACAAAGCUAUUUGUUACUUAGAUUGUAAGACCCUUGGGGGGAGACUGUCCUUGUUCUAUGUUUAUAUAAUGCCUAGAACAGUUGCGUCCUGCUCCAUGACUUGGGCUCCUAGGAGCUAUGGUAAUACAAAUCAUAAAUAAAGUAAACUCUGAUGCCUAUCA